AUGGUGUUUCGCCUCCUGAUCCGCUUGCUUGCAAACAACGAACAGUUGGUGCAAAGACUGAGCGAAUCGUACCCUAUGCGCAAAGCGGCGCAGGUCGUAGUGCGAGCUGUCUACCACGGCAAGAAUCUCAUCGAGGAGCGGGGUCUUGACAAGCGGCUAUCGCCCGAGGAGUUCCGCGCUUUGAUGAAGCGAAUCGCCCAGAAUUUGCAAGGACAGAUCAAGCAAGCCAGUGACGAGUUCAAACACAAAAUGAAAUAGACGCCAUGGCGACCGUGAUUUUCGUCGGCUCCCCGGAGAAAAGUCCGAAAAGUUGCGCCCAAAAAUUCAAGUCGUUGUUCCUCGUGCCGCCACACGAUGUGAUUUUUCGGGUUUUUGCCGCGUUCGUGCCGCCGGUUUCCAAAAAGUAUCAGAAGGUUUACGUUGAUUUGCAAGGGCCGGUCUUGGCCCUUGUUCUAUUGGCUGCUUUGCUAAAUUAUGGCUACUCGUUUAAACCACGCAAUACGUUUCGCUCGCCGACCGAAACCGUCGUUAUUUACAGCUUAACUAUGCCGCUGUUGGCGUUUUUCGUGUGCAAAAUCGGGCGUUCGUGUAUCACUCUAUCGGAAAUGACCUCUCUAAUCGGGUACGGCUUAUACGGCCACAUUUUCACACUGUUUGUUUCGUUUUUACUGUUUGAGGAAGCCAGCAAUUUUUUCUUCUUCGUGUGUUUGAUCGUCUUUGGCGGGCUAAGCACGCUGCGAAUUGCCUUGGUUGUUUUGGGGACUUUGUUCGUACCAGCGGCACGACUAUUGAUUUGUUCGCUUAUCUCGAUUUGUAAUAUCUUGUUUGUGAUUUUUCUACAUUUUGCCUACAUGCAUCGGACUUUUAUCUCGUAGGAAAUUAACAAAGGAUUGUUACAUAAAAACUCUAAUAAAAUAAAUUACUUUA